AACAAUUUAAAAAAUAUUAAAUCUCUAAAAUUGAAAGCGACAAAGAAGAAAGAAAAGAGAGAUGCCAAACUAGAAACUAGAAAGAAGCAAAGCAUCAACAACAAUGGAGAAAUCGAAGAUCGGGAGAAGAUUUGAAGGGAAAGUUGCCAUAGUUACAGCUUCAACUCAAGGCAUAGGCUUCAGUAUUGCUGAACGACUCGGCCUUGAAGGAGCCUCUGUCGUCAUCUCAUCUCGGAGACAGAGAAACGUUGAUGAGGCAAUAAAAAAGCUCAAAACACAAGGAAUUGAAGCGCUGGGAUUGGUAUGCCAUGUUUCUAAUCCUCAACAAAGAAAGAAUCUUAUUCAACAGACACUUGAGAAAUACGGGAAAAUAGAUGUAAUCGUGUCGAAUGCUGCUGCAAAUCCAUCCGUUGAUGCCAUUCUUGACACCCAAGAAUCAACCCUUGACAAGCUUUGGGAAAUCAAUGUUAAAACCUCCAUAUUGCUUCUUCAGGAUGCAGCUCCCCACUUAACAAAAAAUUCUUCAAUUGUUUUCAUUUCUUCAAUAAGUGCUUUUCAACCUCCAUCUUCCAUGGCUAUGUAUGGUGUCACAAAGACUGCGCUUCUUGGUCUUACCAAGGCGCUUGCAAGUGAGAUGGCCCCACAUACUCGUGUGAACUGUGUUGCACCAGGGACUGUGCCUACACACUUUGCUAGUUUCAUCACCGAUAAUGAUACCAUUAGAGAUGCCAUUAUGGAGAAGACACCACUCAAGAGGCUAGGGACGGUGGAAGACAUGGCGGCAGCCACCGCUUUCUUGGCAUCUGAUGAUGCUUUGUAUGUAACCGGUGAGACGAUUGUGGUUGCAGGAGGAAUGUCUUCAAGAUUGUAAUCCUCUUUUAUUAAAUAAAUAGGUUUCUUUUUUCUAACUUUAAGUGUUUAUGUUUUUUUAUUUUUUUAUUUUUUUUAUUGUAUGUAGUUAAUUUGAAAAGUAAAGAUAUGAUGUCAUAUGUGGUCUGUAUUAUUGAUAAAAUGCAGUCCGGACUUUGAACAUAUUUUGCUCUUGGCAAUAAUAUGAUAGUUGGCUAAAUACCUUAGGGAAAGUAAGUAGCAAAUAAAGCUGGUCAAUCCUUUGGAAGCA